UUGGAAAAUCAUGGAACACUCAUAUAUCUUCCUCUUCUUCCAUCUAUCCCUCUUCAUUUUACCCACAAUAUAUAUACCAGCAAAAUGCAUGUCAUCAUCUUUGCCAAAUCUCCCUCUAACAGUCACCCUAAAUCACAACGCAACAAUGAAAUCCAUUAGAAAUUUCAUGGCUUUUGAUGCAACCCAAUUGCUUAAAAAUCCACCACAAGUAUCACCCAUUGAUUCUGAGUUACAUAGCAAUCAAACUCUCAGCAUUCCUCUAUAUGAUGUAAACCUUUUCUUGAAAUCAAACUACAAAGAUUACCGCACCCUAAUGGUAUCAACCUUAGCCAAAGACGCAAAAAGAGCCGCCUGGAUGGCUUCCUUUAUUGAAGUUAAUUCAUCCGGAAUUCAUCAAAAUUUCGUGGAACUUCUUGUAGGCUUUGUGGAAGGAGUAUAUGCAACGACCUUGCAAGUUGGAACUCCUCCACAAACCGAUGUUUGGAUAGUAGAUACGGGUUCAAACCUCAUAUGGUGGGAUUGCAAACCGUGCAAAAACUGCCCGGCUAAUAGUUUCGACCCUUCCAAAUCAUCAACCUUCAAGCAAGUCAAUUGUGGAGAUUCAAAUGAUUGCCCUAACCGCUUGGGGUUAAAGUGUUCGUCGAGUUGGUUCAGUAGAAAAUGCGUGUUCGGAGUGGACUAUAUUGAUGGAACGAGAGCUGAAGGUUUCAUGGCACACGAUAGAAUCACUACCAACGGUGGAACCCUCAUCGAGGAUUUGAAGUUCGGAUGCUCGGACGCCGGACCAAAGCAGUUCACGAACCACAAGUUCACCGGAAUCAUGGGAUUCGGCCGGGGCGCGCUAUCCUUCCCAAGUCAAUACAAAGCCACAUCUUUCAGCUAUUGUCUUGCGCCCACAUUUCUAUCCAAUCCAAUGUUCCUAAACACCUUAAUAUUCCGAAGCCAAACCACACUUAAACUACCCCUUUAUUUAUCCUGGGAAACAUCCUAUUCUGCCCAACUCGUGGGGAUUACUGUUGGGAAUCAAUACGCGAAAGCUAACCCCAACCCUCCUCAAGAUAGGUAUAUUAGAGCCGUUGUUGAUUCGGGAACAAGACUUACAUGGCUCCCUCCGAAUCUUUACUACAGGUUUCGGAACAUUUUAAGGAGUAGUUUCAGCUUGCCUUCAACGCGACAUGGUCGUCUUGACACUUGUUAUAAAAUCGGUAGCCGUGAUAUAACUACCCUGAAUAUUCCGGCCGUGACAUUCAUCUUCCUUGGAAGUUCAGGCGAGCCGAAACAGAUUCUGUCCUUAAAUGCGGAGCAAAUAUUUGUGCCUGUGGAUAAUUAUCAUGCGGGAAUAUACUGCCUUGCGUUUGCUCCGCAAGAGAAAGAACAUAGUUUUGCGCUCAUUGGAAAUGUUCAGUUGACGGGAACUCGGGUCACUGUCGAUUUGCAGUACAAAAAUAUGUAUCUCGAUGUCAACAAAUGUUAA